GCCAAAAUGGCGUGGGCAGCAUUCUACUUACAUGACUUACUUACAAAUACACCUUUCUAUAACUAAAUGCAACGUUUUUUUGAUAUGAUUACAAGCUACAAGGAUUCUAAACAUGAUGAUGGAGUCGUCAGAAAAUUCGAUUAUGUCUGAAGUUACAGACCAUGUGCCAGUCCUGCUGAAGGACAUUCCACCGUCAUCAUCACCUCAAACCGUUGAUGAUCCUCUGAAAGUGAUGCAAAAUGACCUACACUCAAGAGGAACUGACUUGAGCAAGGCCUGGACAUCACUUUUUAGUUUACUAACCAAAUACCAGGCAGAAUUAACUGUGAAAGAAAAUCAAAUAGACAUUGCUGAACGGCAACUUGAAACCAGAAAACAGCAACUGAGCAUGCUCAAUGAUCAAGUUGUGAGUCCAGAUGAUACGUCAAAGUUACAGGAACAGUUGAAUCAGAAGGAACUAGUUUUAUCACGUUGUCAGCAGGAGUUGACGAACACUUCGGACAUGUUGAAUCGGGUCCAGUCAGACUUGUCUUCCCACAUGCAGCAGUUGGAACGGGCGCGACACGAACAGUUACAAAACCAUGAAAAACUCCUCAAUUACCAAAGUGAGAUUACAAAGUUAAAAUCAGAACUUAUGUUAAAACAGGAAGAGAUUCAUAUCAAAGAUAAUUUGGUGCAAAAGUUACAGAACCAAUUGGUGCGAGAGACUUCAGAUCUGAAUGCGGAGAUUUCUCGGUUAAAAGAAAAUAUUGAGUCUCAUGUGCGUGUGUUGGACAAUGAAAGACGGUCACAUGAGCAGACCAGGAAGAGUGUGCGGAGUUUACAACAGAACAAGUCUCGAAUCGGUGGAACCGUUCAACAAAAUGUGAUAGAAAUUCCAGAUUCUCCUCCAACUCUUGACCUCUCGGUAGAGCAACAUGACUUUGGUUUAUCGAAUAUCAUCUCGCUGUCCGAGCAGCAACCAAUGGAGCAAGAAUCCCAUUCCGCACAAUUUCGACAUCACCCAUAUCGCCAAGAAACCGUCCGUACGCCUCCAAUGACUCUCUCGUCUCCUACUCAAAGAUCGCCUGUGAAUAAACUCGGUAACAUACACUCAGAUAUAACCGAUAGGUGGCGCAGUUCAGCCAGCGCUACUGCCGCGUCACAAUCAGUCUCUUCCACUGCCUCAGAUACAUUUUUCCCACUCAGUACAUCCGCGAUGGACGCUAGUAUUGAACAACAAAAUCUCAAUAUAAAACAGGAACCUGCUUUGUCAGGGUCUGUGCCAAUAUCGGGUCCAAUUCCAGGCGGAUCCUCAUCUCAAGGGCAUCAGUCAUCCAACGACAGUGACACUGGCCAGUCACAGUUGCAGUGGCCAGACAAUGGAAACCAAUCCUUCUUCCCGCAACAAGAGUACACAAGCAGUCAUGUCAUAGCCCAAGAUCAAGUCGCAUACCAGUCACUCGCCAGGCAAAGUUUACGACUCGUUAUGUUCAGUAUCCCAGGCUGCGUGGGGUUUGAUAGUGGGCGCCACUUUCACCCAACAGUGAUCGAAUCAACGCUCCAGAAAUAUAUUCGGUCAUUAGUGAAAGUUCUUAUUGAGAAGUGUAAGGAUGAUGAUGCAGACCGAGAGCCUGACCCUUUGGAAUUAGAAUGGCUGGCGAAGAAAAUAGUUGAAAAAUAUCCACAAUUUAAGGAUCCCGAUCCCGAUAAUUCUCAUAUGUCGUCAACUCUCUGGGUUAGCGGUACUGCACAGGAUCCCUCAUUCAGCGUUUCUGACGAGCACGGAAACUUGGUCCCAGUGGUUCUGUCCACUGCACCAGAGGAGGCGUUUAUGCCAAAGAAGCAAGCUUUGAGUGAGCGAGAGCGCAUGAUUUCAUAUCGUCAGAAACUGAAAGAAGACGUCGAGAAGUAUGCCGCUUACAAGGAUCGAGAUGCGCGGAAGAAACGUGAGCGCCGCAGAAAUAUGACGGAGGAGGCGAAAAAUCUACAGCGGGAGCGUGAUAGGCAGAGGAAGCGUGAAAAGCGAGAGGCAGUCCGCAACGAAUUUGAAAGAAAGAAAUCAGAGUUGGAUGAAUUUGAUGACACGACGAAGAACCUGUUAAAGAUUGCUAAGAAGCAAUGGGCAGAGGGUGAUAACUUGGAGAGGAAUCCUGCCUGUUUGUCAUCACAUGCCUCCUUUGUUUCUGGUAUGGAUGUCUCCCUUGAUGACAGUAUGAGCCAGGACAUUGCAUCAUCCUCUAUUAAGGAGUCUGACCAGGAGACAGGGAGAUCUGGGGUUGAUUUGUUCCAACCGAUGUUUUUCCAGCCUUUGAAAGUGGAACCGGAAGGUAACGCAUCUGCUGAAUCUUAUGGGCCAAUAGGAAAAUUUCCCUAUGAAAGAAGAAUCAUUAUGAAUAAAGUGUACAAAUACUUGUAGAGCUGUGAAUUUGGCUUUUGAAGAUUGUCUAUACAUGCUUCCCGAAAUUGGUGGCUUGCAUUGGAACUAACUUUUUCCCCCUUGGGCGUCAUUAAAGGCAUUCAAGUGUGUUGGUCAACCAUGACUAUCUCCUUUGUCCCUCCACCAUAAGGCCUAGUUUCCCCUUAUGACAUCACUAUUUCGGACACUCAGCGCCCCAUUUCUGGAAAGGUGUAUAUAUUGCUUAGAAAAUACAGCAUUUUGUAAUCAUCUCAGCAUGGGUGAGGGGUAUUGUUGCACAGUGCAGUCCUGAAUCUAGCUGGGUUUCAUUCAUGUUUUAAAGCACUUCAUAUUUUCAUUGAAAUGCUAACUCAUUUUGAAUUGCAGAGCAAGAUGAAGAGGAGGUGUAGGCAGAGUCUGGCCAAAUUUUUAACAGCUUGGGCUUGAUAAUCAUGGUCACUGGUGUUGGAGGAUCGGAAGACAAGGCACAAAACCUUGUACAACAUUGAUUCAGGAGUCAUGAGUUUGCACUUGGCUGGAUGCUAAGGCUGUGUCAUAAAACUGGGUCAACAGUGUUAAAAAGGUUUCUAAUAAAGACACUCAAAAACUUUGCUAACAGUGAAAUAACUCACUACUGUAGUACCGAUAUUGCUCUUGUUGUGUCAUAUCUGUAAGCUUACUUCUAUCUUGGCUGGACCGCUCUUUUUCCUCCAUUCUUGCUUUCGCUUCCUCGGGUCAUAAAAAAGCUUGAAAAGACGAGCAUAUUUCACUCACAAAUCUUCUUACGUGUC